UCUCUAAUGCACAUUAAAUGCAGCUUUCUGUAGCUGUUUGUGACUUGAUCGCUACGCUAUUCGCUACAGUGAGUGCAGUCAUAGUUGUUGUUAUACGGAACACACUGCUGCUGUCUCAGCCCUCUAUACGAUGGUUUCAUGUCUUAGUGUUACAGAAUAUCACUGACUAUGAACAAGAUGAAGAAGAAGCUGCAUGAGCAGAUCCUGAAUCACAUCCUGGAGAUUCUCAAUCUGCUGACGGGAGAGCGUGUGACUAAUUCACUGACAGCGAGUGACAUGACCGGGGACAAGAUGACAACAGAGAGGAUACUGACCCACACCCUGCAGAUCCUGUACCUGCUGACAGGGGAGGUGAUGGAAUAUGUCAUAAUAACAGCUGUGCCUAUAAAGUGUGAUGAUGUCGCUGUGUAUUUCUCUAUGGAGGAGUGGGAGUAUAUAGAGGAACACAAGGAGCUUUACAAGGACGUCAUGAUGGAGACUCACCAAGCACUAAGGACUAUGGAGAUCCCAGGAAAUGAGAGCUCAGAACUAACAGGUCACAAUGAUGAAAAUCUAGACACAGGAGCACAAAGAGAACUUGUACAGGAUAUUCAUCCAUCAGAUGUCUCUGCAAGUGAAAAUGAUGCUAAGAUUUUAUAUAACACGGAAAAAGAAUAUCAGUGGCAAAGAAAUAUGCCAGAAGCUGCAGAGAAGGAAAUAUGUGACAACAUAAGAACAGAUGAAUUCACAAACUACAAUAAUCCUAGUCAUGAUCAGAGUGCAGAUGCUUCGUUACAUCUUCUUAAAAAUCAAAGAAGCCACGUGGGAAAUUUAUGUUCUGAAUGUGGGAAAUGUUUUCUUAAGAAAUCACAUCUUCUUAAACAUCUAAAAAUUCAUACAGGAGAAAAACCAUUUUCUUGUCCUAUAUGUGGGAAAUGUUUUAACCGUAAAAACAUUCUUGUUGCUCAUCAGAAAAUUCAUACAGAAAAAAAAGGAUUUUCAUGUUCUGACUGUGGGAAAUGUUUUACUCAUAAACCAACUCUUAUUACACAUCAGAAUAUUCAUACAGGGGAAAAGGGAUUUUCAUGUUCUGACUGUGGGAAAUGUUUUACUUUUAAAUCAAAUCUUAUUACGCAUCAGAAAAUUCAUACAGGGAAGAAAGCAUUUUCAUGUUCUGACUGUGGGAAAUGUUUUACUCUGAAAUCAGAUCUUAUUAGGCAUCAGAAAAUUCAUACAGGAGAGAAAACAUUUUCAUGUUCUGACUGUGGAAAAUGUUUUACUUUGAAAUCAUAUCUUAUUGCACAUCAGAAAAUUCAUACAGGGGAGAAAGGAUUUUCAUGUUCUAACUGUGGAAAAUGUUUUACUUGGAAAUCAAAUCUUAAUACGCAUCAAAAAAUUCAUACUGGGGAGAAAGCAUUUUCAUGUUCUGACUGUGGUAAACGUUUUACUCUAAAAUCAACUCUUUUUAGGCAUCAGAAAACUCAUACACCUGAGAAAGCAUUUUCAUGUUCUGAUUGUGGGAAAUGUUUUACUCUGAAAUCAUAUCUUAUUAAGCAUCUGAAAACUCAUACAGGAAAGAAAGCAUUUUCAUGUUCUGACUGUGGGAAAUGUUUUACUCAGAAAUCAAAUCUUAAUAUGCAUCAGAAAAUUCAUACAGGGGAAAAAGGAUUUUCAUGUUCUAGUUGUGGAAAAUGUUUUACUUGGAAAUCAAAUCUUAUUACGCAUCAGAAAAUUCAUACAGGGGAGAAAGCAUUUUCAUGUUCUGACUGUGGAAAACAUUUUACUCUAAAAUCAAAUCUUUUUAAGCAUCAGAAAACUCAUACAGAGGAGAAAGCAUUUUCAUGUUCUGACUGUGGGAAAUGUUUUACUCAGAAAUCAAAUCUUAUUAUGCAUCAGAAAACUCAUAUUAAAAUAAAUCAAAGUUUAACCUCUUAAGUGCAGAGGGUGAUAUGUAAUUGUCACUCACACAAUACCAAGUUUUGAUGAUGACUGCAUGUGUACCUCAAUCAUUUAUGAGGUGACCCCAGAGUGGAUGUGAUGUAAAUCAAAUUGAUUUAAAUCACUAGUUGGUGAGACUGAUUUAAAUUGAUUUAAAUCAUGGUUUUCAUCUUUAGAAUAAUACGUUUUUGAUUAUUUUUUCCAGUUAAAUCAGACUAUUACUUAUGUGGUUAUAUAUCAUUAGAUAUGCAUAGAUAGAUCAUUGAAAUUAAUGAAAUUAUUUGGAGGUGAACUAUCUCCAGUUUAAUUGGUUAAUCAUUCAUAUUUUAUCAACUUCUCACCUGUACUUUAUUGGAAGGAGAAACAUUAUUACAUUAAUGAGAACAAUAAAAAUAAUUUUAUUUACCUAAAACAAUGUUAUUUUUCAUUUUUAACCUCUUAAGGACAUAUGACGGAAUUUUUCCGUCAUAAAACAAUUGAGCAAACUGAAAGCUGUGUCCUUAAAGGGUUAAUGCUUGCCCCCCUUCCUUCACACUUGUGCAGAGCUAUUCUACUCUAAACAAUCUUCUAUUCAGUGAGCUUCUUGAAACUUAAUAUGGGUUGAUUCUGUGUACAUAGAUUUGCAGGGGAGCAAUGGCAUUAAAGGAAAGUAAAGUCAAAAUUAAACUCAUGAUUCAGAAAGAACAUGCAAUUUUUAACAAUUUUCCAAUGAACUUCUUUGAUCUAUUUUGUGUUGUUUCUCUUUGUAUCUAUUGUUGAAAAGCCUGCAUAGGUAGGCUCACUCAGAUGCAUUGCACUACUGGGAGCUAUCUGCUUGCCACUGCCUCACCCUUUGUAUUCAGAUAGGCAUCAGUAGAGCAUUGCUCUCUUUCAACUAAGGAUUCCAAGAGAAUUAAGUAAAUCUGAAAAUGAUAUGCUCUAUCUAAAACCCAAAAGUUAUCUUUAAUGAUUAUGUCCCUUUAAGGUCUAUGUAUCAACUCUGUAUGUGAUAAUUGUAUAACAUAUUGCUGUAAAGAAGGGGCAUGUUAUUUCUGCACACAAUUCACAGUUUUGAGAACUACAAAACCAAUAAUAUGUGAUAAUAUCUUUAAGAUUGAAAAAUUGUCCAAAAUAAUCUGACAGAAACCCCCAGGAGAGAAUGACAUUGUAAAUGGAUUAAUGGAAUUAAUUUACCACAAAAAAUAAAAUAAGAAAAAUUACAGCCGUGAAUAUACAGCAUCUUGCUAUAGAAUUAAAAACAAAUAUAUAUUUCAAGAUGAAUAACCUUUGGAUUAUAAUGUAUCAAAUAAAAAAUAUCUUUAGAUAGAUAGGGUUAGGGUUUGCCACUGACAAAUGACUUCCAGUAGUGUUUAAAUAUGAGGAGCAUCUAAAUGCUCAAUGUAGCUCAGAUAAGGGGUGUGAAAUGGUUCAGCAGCUAAGGGGUGAAAUGUGGACUAAACACUUUGAGAUUCUAAUAUAAAAUGUUUAAUUAUGUGUAUUAAAAUUACUUACAAUAUACUCUCA